CUCAAAACUUAAGAAAAAUAUAUAUAAAAGUCAGUGUGAUCAUACAGCCUCAAGACUUUACUUCAAAACGAAUUAUGUGCAAUUUUGAUACGGGUGAGAAGGCCGUUGUGGAAAGCUUUCAAACUACGGGAAAGGCAGGAAAGACAACCAAUACUCUCAACAACAGGUAAAAAUCUACAGUAACUACAAAGUCAAAGGCUUUGUUAAGAUCAAGAUCUCGAGAUUUUUCCUGAAAGAUAAAUAGAGAAAAUCAUAUCGAUUGUCGAUAUUUCUGACAUUAUUCUGCACUGGAAUUCUGAAUAGAAUUUCUCUGUUAGAACUUGGAGCUGCUCAGAUGCAAUGCAUGCAUGCUAUCAACUUUAAUAAAUUAUACUGGUGAACAAAAAUUUUCAUUGGAUAUGAUUUGGGGUGAGUCAAAAAGCUGUUCUGAUGUUGACUGCAAAAUUCUUCGGUUUUUCAGUGAAAAUAAUAAUGGCAGACCCUCAGCUUACUCAAGAAAUGAAGAGGCAUGGUGUUAAUGUGGUUAUAAAGGCUGAGCAUAGUGAUUUAGAAAUAUCUCAAGUUUUAAAAGUUGCCAGAUCUUUCGUCUACAAAGUUUGUAUGGAGUUAGAGACUGAAGAUGGAAACGUAUCACCAGUAUCAAAGCAUAAAAAGCAUUACAAAUGCUCUGAAAUCAUCAGAACACCUGAAUUUAUCCAGCAAGUUCAACAGAUCAUGAGGUCAAUUGCAAAAGAUCUCCAUGUAUCAGAAGGAACAGUCAGAAAUGUUGUCCGUGAUGACAUCAAACAUAAGUCUUAUAUGAUGAAGAAAGGCCAUUGAACAUUGUCAUAACACCAAAGAUUCUUUGAAAGCUGCAAUAGUCAGAGUAAUGUCCAAAAUCAACCAGAACCACUUGAUUGGAGCAUGUAGAUGAUUUAUUGGUGGGUUUAUUGAAUAACAUUAUAGAAAAAAGGUUUAUUUUUAUCCUCAUAAUAUUUUUUGAUAAAGUUAUCUAUUAUUAUAUAUCUGUUUUUUUAUAAGCAUAAAUCUGUCCUCAAAUAUCUUACACACACAGUGUAUAUGUGUGUGUGU